GGCCAGUGGUCGGAGCAGACGGGAGUUUCUCCUCGGGGUCGGAGCAGGAGGCACGCGGAGUGUGAGGCCACGCAUGAGCCGACGCUAACCCCCACCCCAGCCGCAAAGAGUCUACAUGUCUAGGGUCUAGACAUGUUCAGCUUUGUGGACCUCCGGCUCCUGCUCUUCUUAGCGGCCACCGCCCUCCUGACGCGCGGCCAAGAGGAGGGCCAAGAAGAAGACAUCCCACCAGUCACCUGCGUACAGAACGGCCUCAGGUACUAUGACCGAGACGUAUGGAAACCCGAGGCCUGUCGGAUCUGUGUCUGCGACAACGGCAACGUGUUGUGCGAUGACGUGAUCUGCGACGAAACCAAGAACUGUCCCGGCGCCCAAGUCCCCCCGGGCGAGUGCUGCCCCGUCUGCCCCGACGGCGAGGCGUCUCCUACCGACCAAGAAACCGCAGGAGUUGAGGGACCCAAGGGAGACACUGGCCCCCGAGGUCCAAGGGGACCUGCCGGCCCCCCUGGCCGAGAUGGCAUCCCCGGACAGCCUGGACUUCCCGGACCCCCCGGGCCUCCCGGACCCCCCGGACCCCCUGGCCUCGGAGGAAACUUUGCUCCCCAAAUGUCUUAUGGCUACGAUGAGAAAUCAACUGGAGGAAUCUCCGUGCCUGGCCCCAUGGGUCCUUCUGGUCCUCGUGGUCUCCCUGGCCCCCCUGGUGCACCUGGUCCCCAAGGUUUCCAAGGCCCCCCUGGUGAGCCCGGCGAGCCUGGAGCCUCAGGUCCCAUGGGUCCCCGUGGUCCCCCUGGCCCCCCUGGCAAGAACGGAGAUGAUGGUGAAGCUGGAAAGCCUGGUCGUCCUGGUGAGCGUGGACCUCCUGGACCUCAGGGUGCUCGGGGAUUGCCUGGAACAGCUGGCCUUCCUGGAAUGAAGGGACACAGAGGUUUCAGUGGUUUGGAUGGUGCCAAGGGAGAUGCUGGUCCUGCUGGUCCUAAGGGUGAGCCCGGUAGCCCUGGUGAAAACGGAGCUCCUGGUCAGAUGGGCCCCCGUGGUCUGCCUGGUGAGAGAGGUCGCCCCGGAGCCCCCGGCCCUGCCGGUGCUCGUGGAAACGAUGGUGCUACCGGUGCAGCUGGGCCCCCCGGUCCCACUGGCCCCGCCGGUCCCCCUGGAUUCCCUGGUGCUGUUGGUGCUAAGGGUGAAGCUGGUCCCCAAGGAGCCCGUGGCUCUGAAGGUCCCCAGGGUGUGCGUGGUGAGCCCGGCCCCCCUGGCCCUGCUGGUGCUGCUGGUCCUGCUGGAAACCCUGGUGCUGACGGACAGCCGGGUGCUAAAGGUGCUAAUGGCGCUCCUGGCAUUGCUGGUGCUCCCGGCUUCCCUGGUGCCCGAGGCCCCUCUGGACCCCAGGGCCCCAGCGGUCCUCCUGGUCCCAAGGGUAACAGCGGUGAACCUGGCGCUCCUGGGAACAAAGGGGACACUGGCGCCAAGGGAGAGCCCGGCCCCACUGGUAUUCAAGGCCCCCCUGGCCCUGCCGGGGAAGAAGGAAAGCGAGGAACCCGAGGUGAACCUGGACCCACUGGCCUGCCCGGACCCCCCGGCGAGCGUGGGGGCCCUGGUAGCCGUGGUUUCCCUGGGGCAGACGGCGUCGCUGGUCCCAAGGGCCCCGCUGGUGAACGUGGUUCCCCCGGCCCCGCUGGCCCCAAGGGUUCUCCUGGUGAAGCCGGUCGCCCUGGUGAAGCUGGUCUGCCUGGUGCCAAGGGUCUGACUGGAAGUCCCGGCAGUCCUGGUCCGGAUGGCAAAACCGGCCCCCCUGGUCCCGCUGGUCAAGAUGGUCGCCCCGGACCCCCAGGCCCCCCCGGUGCCCGUGGUCAGGCUGGUGUGAUGGGAUUCCCUGGGCCUAAAGGUGCUGCUGGAGAGCCUGGCAAGGCCGGAGAGCGAGGUGUGCCUGGGCCCCCUGGUGCUGUUGGUCCUGCUGGCAAAGACGGAGAAGCUGGAGCUCAGGGAGCCCCCGGCCCUGCUGGCCCUGCUGGUGAGAGAGGUGAACAAGGCCCCGCUGGCUCGCCCGGAUUCCAGGGUCUCCCUGGCCCCUCUGGUCCUCCCGGUGAAGCAGGCAAACCCGGUGAACAGGGUGUUCCUGGCGACCUUGGCGCCCCCGGCCCCUCUGGAGCAAGAGGCGAGAGAGGUUUCCCCGGUGAACGCGGCGUGCAAGGCCCCCCCGGCCCCGCAGGUCCCCGGGGAGCUAACGGCGCCCCUGGCAAUGACGGUGCUAAGGGUGAUGCUGGCGCCCCCGGAGCCCCAGGUAGCCAGGGCGCUCCUGGCCUUCAGGGAAUGCCCGGUGAACGAGGCGCAGCUGGUCUUCCCGGCCCUAAGGGUGACAGAGGUGAUGCUGGUCCCAAAGGUGCUGAUGGUUCUCCUGGCAAGGAUGGUGUCCGUGGUUUGACUGGCCCCAUUGGUCCUCCUGGCCCUGCUGGUGCCCCUGGUGACAAGGGUGAAGCUGGCCCGAGCGGCCCUGCUGGUCCCACUGGAGCUCGUGGUGCCCCCGGAGACCGUGGUGAGCCUGGUCCCCCCGGCCCUGCUGGCUUCGCUGGCCCCCCUGGUGCCGACGGCCAACCCGGUGCUAAAGGCGAACCCGGUGAUGCGGGUGCCAAAGGCGACGCUGGUCCCCCUGGCCCCGCCGGCCCCACUGGCCCCCCUGGCGCCAUUGGUAACGUUGGUGCUCCUGGACCCAAAGGUGCUCGUGGCAGUGCUGGUCCCCCUGGUGCUACUGGUUUUCCUGGUGCUGCUGGCCGAGUCGGCCCCCCCGGCCCCUCUGGAAAUGCUGGACCCCCUGGCCCUCCUGGCCCUGCUGGCAAAGAAGGCGGCAAAGGCCCCCGUGGUGAGACCGGCCCCGCCGGACGUCCCGGUGAAGUCGGGCCCCCCGGUCCCCCCGGCCCCGCUGGCGAGAAGGGAUCCCCUGGUGCUGAUGGACCUGCUGGUGCUCCCGGCACUCCCGGACCUCAAGGCAUUGCUGGACAGCGUGGUGUGGUGGGCCUGCCCGGUCAGCGAGGAGAGAGAGGCUUCCCCGGUCUUCCCGGCCCUUCUGGUGAACCUGGCAAACAAGGUCCUUCUGGAGCAAGUGGUGAGCGUGGCCCCCCUGGUCCCAUGGGCCCCCCUGGAUUGGCUGGACCCCCUGGCGAGUCUGGACGUGAGGGAUCUCCUGGUGCUGAAGGUUCCCCCGGACGAGAUGGUUCUCCUGGCCCCAAGGGUGACCGUGGUGAGACCGGCCCUUCUGGACCCCCUGGUGCUCCUGGUGCUCCUGGUGCCCCUGGCCCCGUUGGCCCUGCUGGCAAGAAUGGCGACCGUGGCGAGACUGGUCCUGCUGGUCCUGCCGGCCCAAUCGGCCCCGUUGGUGCUCGUGGUCCCACUGGACCCCAAGGUCCACGUGGUGACAAGGGUGAGACAGGCGAACAGGGUGACAGAGGCAUAAAGGGUCACCGUGGCUUCUCUGGUCUCCAGGGUCCCGCUGGUCCUCCUGGCUCUCCUGGUGAACAAGGUCCUUCUGGAGCUUCUGGUCCUGCUGGUCCCCGAGGUCCCCCCGGCUCUGCUGGUUCUCCUGGCAAAGACGGACUCAACGGUCUCCCAGGCCCCAUCGGCCCCCCUGGUCCUCGUGGUCGCACUGGUGAUGCUGGUCCUGUUGGUCCCCCCGGCCCUCCUGGACCCCCUGGUCCCCCCGGUCCUCCCAGCGGCGGUUUCGACUUCAGCUUCCUGCCCCAGCCACCUCAAGAGAAGGCUCACGAUGGCGGCCGCUACUACCGGGCCGAUGAUGCCAACGUGGUCCGUGACCGUGACCUCGAGGUGGACACCACCCUCAAGAGCCUGAGCCAGCAGAUCGAGAACAUCCGGAGCCCUGAAGGAAGCCGCAAGAACCCAGCCCGCACCUGCCGCGACCUCAAGAUGUGCCACUCCGACUGGAAGAGCGGAGAAUACUGGAUUGACCCCAACCAAGGAUGCAACCUGGAUGCCAUCAAGGUCUUCUGCAACAUGGAGACAGGCGAGACUUGUGUGUACCCCACUCAGCCUCAUGUGGCCCAGAAGAACUGGUACAUCAGCAAGAACCCCAAGGACAAGAGGCACGUCUGGUACGGCGAGAGCAUGACUGACGGAUUCCAGUUCGAGUAUGGUGGCCAGGGCUCCGAUCCUGCCGAUGUGGCCAUCCAGCUGACGUUCCUGCGCCUGAUGUCCACCGAGGCUUCCCAGAACAUCACCUACCACUGCAAGAACAGCGUGGCCUACAUGGACCAGCAGACUGGCAACCUCAAGAAGGCCCUGCUCCUCCAGGGCUCCAACGAGAUUGAGAUCCGGGCCGAGGGCAACAGCCGCUUCACCUACAGCGUCACCUACGACGGUUGCACGAGUCACACCGGAGCCUGGGGCAAGACAGUGAUCGAAUACAAAACCACCAAGACCUCCCGCUUGCCCAUCAUCGAUGUGGCACCAUUGGACAUUGGCGCCCCAGACCAGGAAUUCGGCAUGGAUGUUGGCCCUGUCUGCUUCUUGUAAACUCCCUCCCACCCUACCCGGCUCCCUCCCACCCAACCCCCUCACCCUUGACCCUGGAAACAGACAAACAGCCCAAACUGAAACCCCCAAAAAGCCAAAAAAUGGGAGACAAUUUCACAUGGACUUUGGAAAAUAUUUUUUUCCUUUGCAUUCAUCUCUCAAACUUAGUUUUUAUCUUUGACCAACCGAACAUGACCAAAAACCAAAAGCGCAUUCAACCUUACCAAAAAAAAAAAAAGAAUAAAUAAAUAACUUUUUAAAAAAAGGAAGCUUGGUCCACUUGCUUGAAGACCCAUAUGGGGGUAAGUCCUUUUCUGCCCGUUGGGCUUAUGAUACCCCAACACUGCCCUUUCUGCUCCUUUCUCCAUCUCUCCUUGGGGCCUCCCCUCCACUGCUCCCCAAAUCUAAGUCUCCCCAAAAGGCACAGGAAACAAUGGAUUGUCUGCCUAGCAACCAAAGGCAAUGCUAAAACACCCAAGUGACCCCCCACACUCCCAGCCCACUCCCCUCACCCAGCACCCCCAGACCCUGGGGGGACCUGAGGUUCUCAGACUGCCGAAGAAGCCUCACCAUCUGGCAUCCCUGUGGCUCCUGCAACAACCCCUCUUCGUUUCUGAGGGGGCAUGCUGGGGGACCACGGGCCCCUCGCUGCCUGCCGGGUUUGGAGGGAAGUCAGGAGGGGCCACGACAGAGCGGAAGGAAGCAUCGGAUCAUUCGGGGACACGUGUCAGUUCCCCCCUCCCCCAUGCGUGCGACAGGGCUGGGUGGGAGAGACUGCUCUGUUCCUUGUGUAAUUGUGUUGCUGAAGGACUACCUCUUCUUGUCUCCUUGUGUCACCGGGGCAACUGCGUGGGGGCGGGGUGGGGGCAGGGCCGAAGGGGCUCCCCAUUUUAUAUCAAAGGUGCUACAUCUCUGUGAUGGGGUGGGGUGGGGAAGGAUGACUGGUGCUAUAGAAGUCGGGGCGCCCCACCCCCCAGGCCAGCAAAUGUUCCUUUUUGUUCAAAGUCUUUUUUUUAUUCUUUGGGGUUUUUUUUGUUGUUUUGUUUUGUUUUUCCUUGCGGAUGGGGACUUGUGAAUUUUCUAAAGGUGCUACUUAACUUGGGGGGAGAGAGUGUCGCAACUCAGUGCUCCCUUCCACCCCUCUCCGUGCCACCCCCCCACCUGCCGCCUCUCUCCACCUCUCUCUCUGAAACCCGCUCCUCAGCUGCACCCCAUCCUCACGGCCUCUCUAUCCUGUGUCCUUUCUCUGGGUUUCAGAGCACAACUUCCCAAAGCACAAAGCAGUUUUUCCCCCUAGGGGUGGGAGGAAGCAAGACUCUGUACCUAUUUUGUAUGUGUAUAAUAAUUUGAGAUGUUUUUAAUUAUUUUGAUUGCUGGAAUAAAGCAUGUGGAAAUGACCCAAA